AAGUUUCGCAGUUUGAUUUCAGUAGUUGCUUUAAAAUGUAGUUUUGAUGAAGUUAACUUGAGAGCUUUUAUAAAUAUAAAUAUAUUAAAUGUAUACAAAAGGUUCGACAAAAAGCCGUGACGUGGCGCAACAAACCCAAAGAAAAUAACAGUCCUAACUUAUCUCUCACAAUUUCUCAGUAAAAGAAAAAGUGUGGAGCUGUUUAAAAUAGCUAUGUUUGGUUGUAAAAUAUACUAAAACUAAACUUAAAAAUAUAAUUUUUAAGAUUAGAAAAAGUCAUACUACCUACCGUUUAAGAAAACUGGUAGUUAUAACAGAUAUUGGUGCUAGAGAUUACUACAUAGGUUUAACAUAACAUACUUACUAUAACAAAUAAAAUGGCUAGUGAAGGAAACAAAAAUCAAGGUUCGCAAUGCAAGAUGGCUAUUGAUAAUAUUGGUACUCAAGAUGCUCAACAGAAGAUAGAUAGUGAUGAGAAUUGCAAUCAGGCAAUUCUUGGUUCUGCUUCCGCAGCCGCAAUCGCUCCAGAAGCCGUUUCCGCCGCAGUCGCUCCUACUAAUGCAUAUGGAAUAACUCGCGUUGUAGGCGCUGAUAUUGGCGAAUCGCCUCGUGAGUUUGUUGAGGGAUGGGCUUUUGCACAAACUCUCGGUGAGGGUGCUUAUGGCGAAGUGAAACUGUUAAUUAAUCGUCAAACCGGUGAAGCGGUCGCCAUGAAGAUGGUGGACUUGAAUAAACAUCCCGAUGCAAUGCUCUCAGUACGUAAAGAAGUGUGCAUCCAAAAAAUGCUACAACAUCCGCAUAUUUUACGCUACUUUGGUAAACGUUCUCAUCAGGACAUCGAGUAUAUAUUCUUAGAAUAUGCAGCCGGUGGCGAGUUAUUCGAUAGAAUCGAACCUGAUGUUGGGAUGGCACACCAUGACGCACAGCGAUACUUCCUACAACUUCUUUCAGGUUUGUCGUACCUACAUCAACGUGGCAUCGCUCAUCGUGAUCUCAAGCCUGAAAAUGUACUUUUGGAUGAGAAUGAUAAUAUCAAAAUUUCGGAUUUUGGAAUGGCCACUAUGUUUCGGUCCCGAGGUAAGGAGCGUUUAUUGGAUAAACGUUGCGGUACAUUACCUUAUGUUGCACCUGAAGUUCUGGUUCGUCCCUAUCAUGCACAACCUGCUGACGUCUGGUCGUGUGGGAUUAUUUUAGUUACUAUGUUAGCUGGUGAAUUACCUUGGGAUCAGCCUUCAGCACCAUGUCCUGAGUUUAUUGCAUGGAAAGAAAGUGACCAAUGGUCAACUCGUACUCCGUGGUCUAAGUGUGAUGCAUUAUCUCUAUCUUUGCUUCGUAAAAUACUAGCAAUGAAUCCGGGAAAUCGUUUAACACUUGAUAAAAUUUUGAAGAGUAAGUGGUGCACCACUAAGUUCGAAAAUGGCGCUGGUGCAGAUCGUUCACAUGAUCUCGUUGAUUCAACUGCUGCACUUGAAAUACGCUCUCCAAAAGCCAAACGUAUGCGUCAACAUUUCAGUAAUCGCCGUUUGAGUAGUCAAAAUCUGGAUGAUUCGAUUACACGUAACUAUUGUUCUCAACCGAUGCCAAUAAUAAAGCCAGAUUUCGAUGACGCACCCAAAAUGGAAAAUGGCAGUGAUAAUAAUAACACAUUCGCAAAAGAAGCUCGUCUCGGAUUUUCCUUCUCGCAACCUGCUCUGUUGGAUGAUCUCUUGCUAUGCACACAAAUGAAUCAAACACAAACAGUCUCGCAAAAUGCAUUCCAACGUUUGGUACGUCGUAUGACACGUUUCUUUGUCACAACACGCCGAGAUGAAACUGUGAAGCAACUAUCGGCUGUGAUCGAACGUUUGGGUUAUACAUGGAAAUUGUCUGAUGAUAGCUUUGUGACUAUAGCGACAAUUGAUCGUCGUAAAUUGCGUUUAGUAUUUAAAGCGCAUAUUAUUGAAAUGGAUGGUAAAAUUUUAAUAGAUUUCCGAUUGUCUAAAGGCUGUGGUUUAGAAUUUAAGCGUCGAUUUAUUAAAAUUAAACAAUAUUUGGAGGAAAUUGUAUUGAAGGGUCCGACUACCUGGCCUAUCGCUAUUGCAACAAAUACUGUGCCUUAAAAAUUAAUUUUAACGUCAAACUGCAGUAGUUGCAGUUUUAAAACUUAAACUUAUUUAUUGUUUUAAAUUACUUUUAAACGCUUAAUUUAUAAAAAAUAAAAAACAAAAA